CCCACCGUCGCAGCGCCGCCCUUCAGCUGGGAUGAGAAGGCGGUGGACGCCCGGAUGAAGGCCAGGACCGAGCACCUGGCACAGGUGUGUCAGUCCCACCGACUCGGGCUCUGGGAGCAGCCCGGGGUGUAUCCGGACAUCACGUACCCGCCGUCGCCGCAGUACUCGGUGUUUUACUUCAACAGAAAGUACAAGCUAGGAUAUUGUCCACUGUACAAAUCUGGGACAACGUCUUGGCUAUACAACUUUGCCAUUCUCGGAGGCUACACAGAAGCACAAAUAUCACGCAGCACGAAGCAGAUCAGCGACAUAAGUCGUUCUGUGACGCCAGAGCUGGAGUUUGACGGCGCCAGACAGGCGCUAAACGACUCGUACCUGUUCCUGGUGGUACGGCACCCGUUCGAGCGCAUACUCUCCGCCUACCGCGACAAGCUCGAGAACAUUCGUGUCGGGCUCGAGCAUGGCACAGAGCACUUCUACCAGAAGUACGGUCGGCGCAUCGUGGAGAAGUACCGCCACGGCGCCGUCGCCCCGCGCGCCAAGCACUGGGACACGUUCGGCGUGCUCAAGGAGGUCGUCAAGCGCGUAGCCUUCAGGUCGGGAGACGGCGACGAUGAAAGCGUGCCUCCGUUGGGGAUCGAACCCACGUUUGCGGAGUUCGUGCAGUAUCUGAUCGAUACGGACUUGGCGAACUACAGUGAUGACCACUGGAUCCCCUACUACCUGUACUGCACGCCGUGUAGCGUGCGGUACCACGCGGUGGCCAAGUUCGAGACGCUGCGAGAGGAUCAGGAGUACGUGCUGAAGCGGGGUGCUGUCGACCACUUGAUUCAUGCCAAGUGGCGUCACAUGACGAAGGGAAAGCCGACCAAAGCGGUGGCCGAAUCGUACUUCUCGACCAUCACCAGGGACCAGGUGGAGAAACUGUACGCGAAGUACGAGUUUGACUUCGAGUUGUUUCAGUAUUCACCCGAAGAAUAUUUCCGGAUGACUAUGUAAACGCUAAUUCGUGCCAUUUUUUUAUACCGGAAGCGAUUGCCGUUUAAGGGAGACAUGUACGUAGGAUUGAACACUUGUGUACCCUGACCAUAGUAAAGCUGUCGGUAAUUCCACCGUCUUCCGUGUGGCUGAUCAGGAUAUCGAUUAUGCCUUGGAAUCGAGCGAUACCCACCAUGGUGCAAUGCUGGCGGACAUAUUGUGCUGAGGACAUCUUUCACAAUGCAUAUAAACAAUUGUGUCUGCCAUAGCA